UGAGUUCUAGGCAGCAAUUUUAAGAUGAAAUGUAAAACCUCUUCACCUUUCUGACCAAAUCCUUCCGUUCGUGCGUUCCUACAAUAUGCAAAAUAAUAAAAUCACGUGGUUCAUGAAUUCAUGAAGCACAUCACGAAAUAUGUAGUACUAUUAAUUCUCGUAUGAUGCGCAUAAAUCGUGUAACGACGAGAACAAAAAGGUGCAAUUUGUGACGUUUAUGCAUUUCCUCCCAUUUGCUUCCUCGUUUUUGGCAACGCUGGUGUUAAUAACUAAAUGUUGUAACUUCGUAGGACGCCAUGAAUACACUUUGCUUUUGGUAUAGAGAGGUUAGGUUUCCUUAUAAAAGAAGGUUAGGUUAUGUAUUUAUAUAAUAUAAAAAUUUUUAUCAUGUUCUCUUUUAUUCAAUAAUUAAGAAAAUUAGGUGAAGCAAUCAAGAAGUAGAAUUUAUCUUUAUUAAGUUCUACGACAUAUUAUUUAAUAAUGAAUAAGAAAGAUCAUAAAGCAGAGCCUGGUGAUGGUUUACGCUCUUUAAAAAGUACAAUGUUAUUUCGUGCAAUUAAUUAUGAAUUAUACGUUAGACCGAAUAAAAUGGUAAUGAUCUUUGGAACAAUCGCAAUAUUCAGUUGCAUAGGAUAUAUUGUUUAUAUGCGACGUAAUUCUGAUAACACGAAAUAUUAUUCUGCAAUUACAUCUGAUGGGUCAGUUGAUUUUAAAAAGAAAACAUCAAAAUGAACAGUGUAGUUCACUGCAUUUUAUGUAAAUAACAAUUACAUUUAAGAAUUUACGUUACAUGAAAUACAUAGUUACUAUUUGUAAUGUUAUUUAUAUACUACAUUUCA